UUAUGAAGUAUUUGGUUCCUAAGUGGAUCGACUGCUGAAAAUAAACCUCAAACUGGACUAUUUUCGUCGGUCAAAAAGGAAAGGUUUCCUGUCAUAAAAAUGGCGAGCCAGCAGAGAGUGCAGACAUACCUAGAGAAGCAUCGGAUAAGUGCACUAUUUGAGGAUCUGAUGGCGAGAGUGAUGAAGCAUUUACCAAAUGAGCCCAUUCCGUACAUAAUAAAGAUUCUGCAACGCUUUGAAGAGAAGAGCAAGCCGUCAGAGCCGAAACCCUCCUCAACAAUGCCGGCCGUGAAGAGAACUCCAGGAGGCUGGGCAGCAGCAUCUGAUCCCGCCCUGCCUGGUAUGGGUGAGGAUAGGGGAUAUAAUCGUCCAUGGACGGCAAACAUGAAGAAGUCCAAAGGCAGCAUGGAGCAAGACGACCAGGCAGUUCGUAAAUCCAAGAAGGAGUGGGACAGCAGUAAGAAAAGAACGACGCCAACGUCGGACACCGAUGUGGAACAUCUCUUUAAGAAGGGCGCGGAGAAAAAGAGUAAGACAGUAACAUUUCAGUCCGGUGCCAAACAGUGGGCGGUAUCGGACGAUGAGAAUUCCUCCCCGCCCCCAAGGCGCACCGGACCCUCGGCUGCUGAAGAGCAAGAGAAUCAGUUACUAAAAGAAGAAAUGUCCGCUGCUAAACUGCAGCGUAAGUACUGCAAAGACGAGAAGACUAACAAGGCAGCCCCAUCCAGCCAAGAACUGACUGAACGUCGUCAGAAACCAGGAGCCAAAGCCAAGAAGCAUAAGCAGCAGCUAGCUGAGAUGGCCGCAGCUCAACUGAAAGUAGAGACUCUGGGAUACUUAGACAGUGGUGAGGAGCCCACAGACCCGGACCAAGCUGGAUAUGAAGAAGCUAUGGAUCUAUUAGAGGAUGCUGAUGAAUUAGCGUUUGAGGGAGUGACGAACACCAAGAGAACCGGACAUAAAGUCAGCAAGGUCUCCUCACGUUUCUUAGGAGUUCUUAUGUCGAUGAGAAGGCGUCCACCUCCCCCAGAUCCUGAAGUGAAAGUUGCAAUGUGCAGUAAAUGUGCAAGACUCAUUGGUGGUGGUGGUGGUGACUCAAGCACAGUGGGUGGUGGUGAUGGGUAUGGCAAGUACGCAACCCUAGACAGCAUGAGUGAUGUUACAUCAGGGGAGUAUGGUGGGACGUUUAACUCACCACCAACAGCCAGCGAUGAUGACUUUGAGAGUGCCUCCCAAGUCGUCGGGCCGAGGCACCCAGUGUGGGUGGAGCCAGAGAAUGGAUCAAGUGGACCCAGCAAUACCGGACUGAAAAGUACUAUGGUACACGACAGCAGUAGGGAGUUAUUCAGCAGUACCAGUCGUGGAGCUGGUAACCAGAGUAGUAGCACUUACAGAGCACAGACGUCAUUGGUUGGUCAAGCGUGGGAUACAAAGACGUAUCGGUCGCAAACUGAGGUAUCAACUCAUCGUGUCGUUCAUACGGAUUCCCUGAAGGAUUUAGGAAGAUCUUGGCAACAGCCUUCAUCAGAUGAAGACUCUGGAUUCUAAGAAGUCCUCCGCAUUAACCCUAACAUUCCCAACCCUUCGAAGAGUUGUUUUUUUCCAUUUGACCGCAAAUUCCAUCUUUAACAACCCCUCCUGAAGAUGAACAGAGUAAGACCAAACUGGUUUUUCCGGAGCCAACAAGAGAGAUUUCACACAUGGUUGUACCCGCAUGUUCACUGUUCACUGUUCACUGUUCAUAUUUAUAUUUGUAGUUACUCUUAUUCUCCACACAGUGCAAAGCUUCAAACACCAUUUUAUUAACAACCUCAUUGGUUGACAACCUGUGCUUGCAUUAGGCGCAACGACAGUAUUGUUGUCCAUUCACACGCAUACAUUUUGUAAAAUUGUAUUUAACCAUGCUAAAACUUAGCAAGGGACCCUUGCUAAAUGGCUCUUGUGUGAAAGGGACUUUAGUGUCCACCAUGUCUCAAAAGGUCAAUUGCUUUUGUUUCAUAUUUUGUUUGUAAUGAUUUCAAACAUAAAAAUAUAUGCUUACGAACAAUAAAAUAAUUUGUUUAGUA